AUGUCUUACGCUGCUGACCUGCUUGGGCGAAGGGGGGGAGAGGGCGUGUGGCACCAUCAGGCUGUGGGUGACCCCUGCAAGGAGGUGCAGCAGAGAUACGAGAGGUGCUUGUUCGCAAACAGCGAAAAAGGUAGCGAUAAUGCGAUGACGUCAGCAAGCAUUGGCAGUUCUAUUGCGGCGGGUGCCGCGGCGAUCCCAACAACAGCGUCGCUGGCGGUGCUGGUCGAUCUGGGCAACCACGCAGCGGGAAUGGCAACCGGGGCGGCGCCACCGCAGCCGACAGCCGCAGCCGACAGUCUCAAGCCCAUGUUUCACGUGAUGCCCGUCAGCGGUUGGGGCUCCGACCCCAACGGACCCAUCUUCUACAAGGGCCGAUACCACCUGUUUUACCAGGCGCGCCCGGGUACGUGCCAGUGGUACUGGGGCAUGUGUUGGGAUCACGUGGUGUCGUACGAUCUGGCGCACUGGGAGCGACUGCCCAUGGCGCUGGUCCCCACUCCAGGGGGGAUUGACGCGGACGGUUGCUUCUCAGGAUCCAUCCAGGUUGAGCCCCAGUCCGGCAUCCCCGUGUGCUUCUACACCGCCGCCCGGCUGCGCACAAAUAGAGAGGUGGCCCUGCCACACCCGCCGCCCAGCCAUGACAUGGGCCUCAAGCACAUCGAGACGCAGUGCUGUGCCAUCUGCGAUCCCGGUAUGAGCGUAUGCGAUGCGGCGUGGGGUGAAGAAGCCGCGUGCGGUCACGACGAGUUGCUGGUCAAGUGGCGCAAGGUACCGAUGCCGCUGAUGGAGCUGCCCCACACGGGCCAGCUCACCGCCUGGCGCGACCCGUGGUUCGUGGAGCAGGGCGAUGGGCGCGGACGCGAGUGGACGAUGCUUAUCGGCAGCGGGCUCAAGGAUGGCGGCGGUACGGCACUGGUGUACCGUACACAGGACAUCACACGGGGUUGGCGCUUCGUGGGCCACCUGUGCAGCUGGCCUGAUCCCGGUACCGGCAUCUGUUGGGAGUGCCCCUUCCUCGUGCAGCUGCAGCCUCUGCCGCUGUGCGCCCACGUGCUCCCCACAACGGACCUGGCGGCGCUCAUGGAGGCGGAGGGGGAUGGGGAGGGGGAAGACGUGGUCGAGCAGACUGCGGAGGAGGCGAAGAUGAUCGCUGGCGGCGGCUACGACCGAAGCAAGGAGCUCGAUGACGCGAACGGCGGCUACGAUACCUACGGUGAUUAUCAGCGCGAUGACAAUGAAGGUCGCCGAGUAGGCAGCGUCGCCAGCGCGGAGGGUGUGGAGGCGGUGGCGGGGCCGAUGCCAGGUCCCAGGCUGCUCGUGAGCUCGUCGUCGGCGUCAGCGCUGACAGCUGACAGCGGCAGAGUGCUGGCGGUUGGCCUUGUCGAUACGCUGCUCCAUGUUGUUACAUCGGCCGCCGGACCCGCGGUGACAAGCGGCGGUGCCGGCGGCAACGCGUUCGCCGACGGCCUUGGCCCGGCAUCACUACUGCCGAGCAUCGGCACAUUAGCCCCCAGGGCGGCCUCAGCCGAUGGUAACGGCGGCGGCGGCAUUGACAUUAGCAUCACCGCAGCUGCCGCCGCGCCGUCGGGCGACGGCGCCGCUGGCGCUGCCGACGUGUCUACUGUGACGAUCACGGUCACACGCGCUGCCGGCCACACGGGCGAAACUGAAGGCGUCAGCGGGGCUGCUGCCGUUGUUGCCACCGCUGCUAGUACCGCCGCAGCGGCGGCGGCCGUCGCCGGCGUCAACGGUGUCGGCAGUAUUACGACAGCGACAGCCACCGUGCAAGAUGGCGGCGAAGGUGCAAAGUCAGCGUCCGCUGUAAUUCAGUUCACCGUUGCGCCGAUGACCGCCGCAAGCAGUUUAGAUGCUGUCGUACCAGCGGCUGCGGUACCGCGUAGGUCCGUCAGCUCACUCGAUGCCGCACGGACCACCCAGCCGCCACAGCCGUCUUCCGUACCCGCCGCAGUCCCCGCCGCUACUGCCGACGAAGGGAUUGCUGCAGCCGCACCAGGCCAGGCUCCGAUUGUACGAAGCUGCUGCCUGACGAGCUCCACGCUCACCGCGUCCGCCACCGUACCCGCCGCCGCCGCCGCUGACCGUGCCGUACUUCAGGACCUGCACACCAUGGUCACGCAGGUCAUGGAGGCGCGUCGGGCCCGGGCCCGGGCGGACGCCGAGGCGGCGGCAGCAGCAGCGGCGGCGGCGGAGGAGGAUGCGUCGCUCAGGGGCGACAGCGGCGGUGCCGUGGGCUCCGAGACCACGAGCGGCGGCAAACUGAGCUACAGCCCUGGCGUGAUGGGCCACUCGGCGGUUCCGGAGCCUGAUACGGAAGUGGAGCCGCUGCCAGCGCCCGUCACCAUGCGCUACCAUAAGGCCCAGCCGCUGCUGCCCGCGGGUGUGCCAUACUCGGCCGCCGUCGUCGCCGCCAGCUGCCUGCCGCUGCACGGCGACGUGGACUCCGCCAGCGGUCACGCGCACGCGCCGUCGCUGCUUCCAGAUCGGCGCUGGUUCUUCUGCUGCGCGCCCGACGCUUGCACGUACUCAAUUAUUUACUGGAUCGGCGAAUAUGACAGUACGACGGCCAAGUACGACAUGAAGGGCGCGGAGGCAGGCGGCCGGCCGCGUAAGCUGGAUUUGGGCAACGUGCUUUACGCGCCCACCUGCUUCAAAGAUCCUCAGGGCCGGCACAUCCUGUGGGGCUACAUGAAGGAGCUUCGAAAUGUCCCUGCGCCGCCCUGCCUCUGCAACAAGUACAGCUACGCUGGUUGUGUUUCCCUCCCGCGGGCCUUAUACCUGCGAGGGGAUAAGCUGUUCCAGCUCCCCCUUCCCGAGCUGACGGCUCUCCGCAGUGACGUGGCAGUUCACUUCAGCCGGGUGUCGCUGACCCACGGGUCACCCUGGCGGCUGAUGGGGCUGCGGGGGCUGCACCUGGACCUAGAGAUGGCGAUCAGUCCCGGUACGGCGCACCGUACGGUAGUACUGCUUCGCAGCUGGCGUCCCAGGGGUCGUGGCGCUGCCGCCCUAGUGUACGACUGGACGAGCCGCCGGCUGUAUGUCGUGUUCGAGGCGAUGCACCCCAGCCGCCAGGCGCUGUGGUGCGGGGAACACCCCCCCGCAGGCGCCUCCACGGCCUCCGCCAUGACGCCACCGACGCCGAUGGCGAUGCAGCCACCUCACGAGCCGUGGCGUGAGGGAGCCAAGUCCUCCUCCUCCCCCCCUUCCGCGGAGGCCGCUGUUCCCGGAGGCGGAGGAGGCAGAGGAGGAAACACCAGCAUCAGCACCAGCACCACCACGAACAGCAACAGCAAGGGGGGCAACGAUGGGAGCAGCAGUGACGAGGCGGCCACCUUGGGCGGCGCUACGUACGGCUGGCCCUCAGUGGAGACCGGGCUGCUGCCCGCGGAGAUGGCGCCGGACGUUAGCAGCAGCGAAGACGUUGGCAGUAGCAGCGGCGGCGAUGGCUGCUUCGUUGGGGACAGUGCCGGCGGGGCGACCACCAUGUCACUAUUGCCGCGAAGGAGCGGCAGUAGCAGCAGCAGCGGCCACCUGCAAGCUGAGGCGGCUGCGGGUGUGGGUGGGGUGGGGCCCUCAAGGCCUGACGGCGGCCUUGCCAGUGCCCGCAUUGCCGCCGCUGCCGCCGCCGCCGGCGGGGUUGGCGGAGGCAGCGAAGGAGGCGGCAAUGCCGAUGGUCCUGAGUUGGACGAGCUGGACGAGGAGGAGAACGAGCAUUUUGACGUCAUCAGGGACCCUGACUUCAUUCCCGACCCCGACAUGAACCCCCUGGUGGAGGACUGGAUACGGAUGAAGCGGGACGAGGCGGGCGGCGACUUGGACCUUCCCCCCGGCUCCCCCUUGCGGCUGCGUGUGUUUCUGGACGCGUCCUGCCUGGAGGUGUUCACCGGCAGCGGGCAGGUGCUCACAACCCGGGUGUAUCGGGGACAUGCGCCACACGUUAAGCAGCCUGACCACCACCGCCAACCACCCGACCAGCAGCAGCACGCUGACCCCGGUAUCGAGGUGUGGAGUGUGGGGGGCAGCUGCAGCCUGGACGACCUGCACGCCUACGAGAUGGACACAGCCUGGCUCAGGGAGGGGGACGCGCCGCGUCAGGAUACUUAG